AUGAGAUACUCACCCCGAAAUAUGGUGUUUGUUUGCAAGCGCCUUGUUAUUGAUGGGAAAUGGUUUAAUUCUCUGAAUGAUAAGAGGAUCGUGCUAUUUACUCUUCCACUUACCCAUGUUCACGAGGAUCGAGUAACGCUUGGUCCUAUUCGUGAAUCGCAGACGGCCCAAGAUGCAAAAGUUUCUGCGAACAGCACUGAAGUUGUUCGCGCCGAUGUUAUCAUCCUCGCCAACGGCUUCGAUACAUUGAACUGGUUCCAUCGUCUGGAAGUCAUUGGCCGCAAUAGUUCAGUCCCUCGAAGAAGUUUUCAAUGA